GACCCUACAUUAUUCUCCCACUCCCUGCUCCUCUGGAGUUCUCCAUGCCUGAUAUCGGUUCCCGCGUCUAAAGUCCGUGACAGAGCUUCCGCUUCCACCAUGCCGAUCCGUCCGCUGGAUGAAUGGGCCUCCACCCGCACCCAGUCACUCCCUCUUGCUGCUCUGAAAGGGGCGGUCGUCGGUAUCGAUGCGUCGCACUACAUCUCCCAGCACCUCGUUCACCCCUCCUCCCGCGAGCCCCUUUUGGUCGCACUGGGCGGAUUCCCGUUCGCGUUGAAGAACAACAUCGAGAAGGAACUCCAGGUCUUCAAGGAUUUGGGCAUCGCCUGCGUCUUCGUGUUCAAUGGCCUCGACUUCGGCAAAAAGGACCAACGGCCCCAGGUCCAGCAGGAAGCCGUCCGGGCAUUCGAGCAAGCUUGGGACCUCUACGAUCAGCAGCAGGCCGACCAAGUAGUGGACGCCUUCAGCAGCGCCGGCACCCCCCGCCCGGAUUCCCUCUACCGCUUCUUGCAGCGCAUUCUACACCAGAACGGCGUCGAUUACAUCGUGGCCCCCUAUAGUGCUGCAGCUCAGGUAAGAAGUAACACGUUACGAGAUUGAAGUGUAUCAUCUCACACUCCGCUCCGUUUCCCAUAGCUCGCCUACCUGACCAGAGGCCCGAACCCCCUCAUCGAUGCGGUCUGCGGAUCCUCCGAAACC